AUGAGCAAUCGAAAAAGAAUAAGACCAGAUGCAAUUGAGAAUUAUGUCGACAAUUUUAACAAUGAAGUAACAAAUUUCUUUGAAGGCCAUACUAGAGUACGACCUAAAUUAACCAGUUCUUAUGUACAUACAAGAAGCUUGACAAAACGGUUAGCCUCACGUCUUAAGGAGAGACCUAUCUCAUUUAGCGAUGAUGAAUUAGAUGUCAUAAGUGAUUCGAAUGAAGAUUUACAAGAUUCCAGUCUGGAAGAGAAUCUUAGAAAUGAUUCAAUGUAUUUUACCAAAGAUAAUUCAAAAGCAGAUAAAUAUCCGUUUGCAAUUAUGGGUACCCAAUGGACUCCAUCUGAAAAAAGAAUUUUUUUUCACUGUUUAUCUCGAUACUCCAUUCAUCAACUUGAAGUGUGGGCGCCUUUAAUUAAAACAAAGUCAAAAUAUGAAAUUUUACUUUAUUAUAAAGUUCUAAAACAUAAUUUAAGAAAACUUAAAGAUUCAUACAUGAAAAAAUUUGGCGGAAUUCUAAAACGAAUAGAUCUACCGAUUGCUUAUGAAAUGAGUGAAGAUUUCAUUGAACUUGAGGAACUAAUUGAUAAAAUUAGAAGACAAAAUGAUCAACUAAAGACAACUAAUACGUUAAUUCAAAAAUCCGUGUCUGGGUCAAAUAAUGAUGUCACUUCCUUGAUAUCGUUUGAUAAUUGGAAUAAAAGAUGGAAACCACUAUAUUCUAGGUCAACAAUCGAAGAGAUAGCUCCGUUGUCUAAAACUUCUUUACCUUUUUCGAUCUCAGCAUCAGAGUAUCUGAUAGAAUGUUGUAAGGAUUAUACUAGAAAAAUUAUAGUGCAAUCUGUUCUUCAACAAAUAAAUAGUAUGACUUUUAAACAAGAAUUGAAUGGGAUUGAUCAAGAUAGUGAAAAAUCUGAUGAUUUUGAGGCUUAUACCACAAAUCCUGAAAAAGACCAUGCUCAACCGUUCAAUAUAACGAAGGAAGACAUCUAUGACGCAAUUAAUACUUUUAAGUUAAAUGGAGAAAUUUUCCCCACUAUUGGUGAAUCUGUUUUAAAUACAAUAUCUAAAUUCCAAAUAAAAUAUAAGAAAGGUGGCAAAUUGUUUAGAACAAAGGAAAUUCUGAAUACAUUGAUUCCCCCUUUCAUGUAUGAGACAAUGAUAUCUGAACCUACCCCGGAAAAUAUACUAGCAAAGCCAUUCAUCCCUAAUGUUGAUUUAGAAUCUCCUAGAUAUGCAGUAGCCCUCUCUUUGAAAAGAUUAUAUUAUAAAUCAUCAAAGAGUAAGAGAAGAAAAUUAAAUUUAUUAAUUAAUAGUUCUCAAAGUUUGUCAACAGCUGAUAGUACAAGCGAAGAUUUCACUCAGUUAAUAAACGAUGCUCCUAAUGAACGAUUUAUUCUGGAUGAUAUACUUGAUAGAAUUGAUAAUCCUUUGGAAUUUACACUUUGCGAUUGGGAAACAGAUUUAAUGGAACAUCAAGAUAAAGUUAAAUCUAGAGAAUAUGAAAACGCCUUGCUGAGUUAUAUUUUACGUACAGAACCCGAGAGGUUAACUACCUCUCAACUAAAUCCAACAGCUUGCCCAUUACAUUUACGACAAAGUUUAAUAUCAAGAUUUCUCUCAACGAACGAUUAA